AAGAACUACUCGGCUUACGACAUCCCAGGCGGGUGGAUGAUUCCCAAUGACGGGUACGGGUGCGGGUACACGCGUCUCGCGUAUGUCAUUUCGCAGCUGCACGACCUGGGCAAAUACACCGCCCUCUGGACCUCGACGGGGCUCGCAAACGCAACAUGGGAAAUUGGCACGGCCGGUAGCCGCGGUAUCAAGACAGAUGUCGGCUGGGUCGGUGCCGGGUACAAAUUUGAGCUCGACGCUGUCAAACUCGCCUCGUCCCUCAUCGAAGACAACACGAGCGAGCGGCGGUAUGUGUGGAGCGUGUGUGGAUGGGCGGGAACACACGCGUAUGCCGUCAUGUGGAACGGCGACAAUGGCGGCUCCUGGGAGUACAUCCGCUUCCAGAUUCCGACCGUCCUCGGGUCGGGCCUCUCCGCACAGGCCCACACGUCCGGUGACAUUGACGGCAUCUUCGCUGGCAGCGCGGAGACAUAUGUUCGAGACAUCCAGUGGAAGUGUUUCCUGACGGUGCUCAUGACCAUGAGCGGGUGGGCGCGCUAUGACAAACAGCCCUGGCGCCGGGGUGAACCCUACACAAGUUACAGCCGGAAAUACCUCAAGCUGAAGAUGCGCCUGCUGCCUUACCAGUACACCUACUCGUACAUCGCCCACACCACCGGUACGCCACCAGCGCGUGCAACGGUGCUGGAAUAUCCCCACGAUCCAAUUGCGCUCGACAACACCACCGCCUACCAGUUCUUCAGCGGCGAGUGGCUCCUUGUUGCGCCCAUGUUUGAGAAGGGUGAUCGCCGUGAUGGCAUCUAUCUUCCUGCUGACGAGUUUAUUGAUUACUGGAACGGCACCCGAUAUGAGGGUCCCCAAACCAUCAACAACUACUACGCGCCACUUGCCAUCCUCCCCGUCUUCGUCAAGGCUGGCGCCAUCAUUCCAAUGUGGCCUGCGAUGAACUAUUUCUACGAGCUGCCUCGUGUUCCCAUCACUCUCGACGUGUACCCGCCAACCAUCUCUGCAAGCGAUGACCCGCGCGUGAGCAGCUUCACCCUCUACGAAGAUGACGGGCUGUCACGCGAGCACGAGAAGGGCGCGUUUGCCCAGCAGAACUUUACAAUGAACGCACGGCAUGGCGUUGUGGAGCUUGUCAUUGGUCCUCUUGUUGGAUCAUACAAGACCAUCAAUGACACGCGGUUCUACGAGGUGACGGCACACGUGACGGGCGCAGUCUCGGACGUGCUGCAGGAUAGCAACGCACUGCCGCAGUACACCACCGUGGAGGACUUGGAAUUUGUGAACCAGGGCUAUGUGUAUGACGCGAGUGACAGACGAGGCGUGGUCACUGUCAAGCUGGAUGGUCUUCAUCGCACACAAUCCACCACCAUCUUCAUCCAUCACGCUACAGGAACAACCAACAUUGCAUGAACAACAACACACGAACAGCAUUGAAUGAACAACAACACACGAACAGCA